AUGGAGCAGAUGCAUGGGCGUGCAGUGGGGGAGGGUGGCGCCAUGGCGUACACAUUUCAGCAUCCACCCCAGGGUUUUAUUCGUCCACAGUACCGGGAUCCAGCGGGAUCUCGAGGACGCAAACAGUACGCAAAUAUUAUGCAUGACCGCCGUGUGUACAGAGGGAACACCUACGCUGCGACGCCAAUUUCCACACAUGCUAUGGAGGAGCAAGCACGGGAAGCACGCGAACUUGUUCGACGCAAAAAAGAGAUGGCUAUGCGAGCGGCGUCUAUUAAGCGACGUAAAGAGAUGGAUCUUGCCCAACGGCGACUUGCGACGCCCCCACCCGUAGACGGUCGACAACACAUAGAGGUGCAGACGGAAGAGUUUCUAGAGGAGCUUAAGGACGAGGUGGAGGUGGUGACGCAGGAAACGCAGACUGACCCCAUGCUUGAUCGUCCAGCAACUCCCAAGUACGUACCCGUCAAGUCCGGACGUGACGCCGAGUCGCAGAUCAACGAGGGUGACUUGUUUCACUUUGAUGAUGCUGUUGAUCCGAUACUCGACGUAAUGGUCGGUAAGACGUUGGAACAAGCGAUGCUGGAAGUUCUUCAGGAAGAAGAACUGGAGUUGCUAAGGCAACAGCAGCUGGACUUUGAACAGCGACGCAAGGAGGAGCUUCUAGAGGCACAACGUCUUGAGGCCCGUGAAAAGCGUUUGUUUGAAGAAAAGGAGCGUCGUAAGAAGCAGGAGAUUGAACGCAUCAAGCGCGAGAAGGAGACACGUGAGAAGCUCCAGGCAAGACAGUUUGCCAAGGUGUACCUCAUGAAUCUUGAGAACCGGGUCUUUGCACGGCUGCAGGAUGAGGGCUGGUUCCGCGAUCGCGUCGUGCAUGAGGUGGAGUUUGACUUCUUCCCGUGGUUAAUGGAGGAGGUAGAGGAAGUUCUGGCGAAGAAGCGGCAGGCCCGUGUUCUGGUGGAUGAUCUCAUUCGGCAGGUAGUUACCAUGCAACUGGAGAGCUAA